AUGCUUCAGGGAGAUCAGACAGAAAGACUGGGCAGAGGAGACGUGAUGAGGAGUCAACACGCAGGAGGAGUCGCUCUCGCAGCAGAGACAGUCAUGGCCAAACUCAAAGAGGUUCCCGACGCAGAGAUUAUAGCCCUCAGAGGCCUAGGAGCUCAAGGAGAAGUCCUGCUAGCCGCUGGGAGAGGUCUCCUGAUAGGAAAAGAAGGCGACAACAUGAACGAGGAUCUCCAGAGAGCCGAAGAUUAUCAAGGGACAGUUCCUCCAGAGGUAGAGGCAGGUCUAGAGACCAUUCUACUUCAGAGAGGAGGGGAUCAUGGGAGAGAUCUGCCAGAGAUAGAUCUCAGAAGACCUCUCACUCCUCAUGUGGCUCUGCUGGUGCUGCUGAUGCUUCCAACAUCCUAUGAUGUCAUAUUCUUGCUGUGCUGGAAAGGAGCCACAGAGGUCAACAAGGCCAAGUCAGAACUCAAGAGCAAGGGAGAGAGGGAAGGGUCAGAUGGAGAAAGGAAGCACAUGGAGAAGAUUUCAGCUGAAGAAAUGUUACAGGAAGAGCAGGUCCUGUUCAUACGGUGUUCUCCUGCAGAGCUUUUUUAUGAACGUGAUGAACAGAAUCCUCGUCUGAUGAAAGGCACCACCCAGUUGAAGAAGCUCUGUGAACAAUUCAAGGUGCAGCUUGGAACCAGAGUUGAGAGAAUCACUGGCCAGCAAUCCUCUGAAAAUUCUGAUGUAUCAUGCUCACUGCAUGUGGAGAGAUGUUCCCAUGAUGAUGGGGAGAGUGGACAUUCUGAGAGUGAAUCAAGUGAAGAAGAAGGUGAAUUGAAAAAUGAUACACAGGCUUCUGCCAUACUUGAAUUGGAACGAAAGCAGCAACAUCCUGAACGCCUUCAUUCAGAGCUUUGGCACAAUGAGCCUGGAGAAAUGAAUGAUAUGCCUGUCUGUCGCUGCAGUCUGAAGGCUAGGAAGACUGGCAUCAGGCAUGGCUUCUACGAAGGAGAAACUCAUGUGCCUCCAUGUGAACCUUUUUCCAAUAAUGUAUCUCGUCUGCAUCAUUACAGGAUCACCGUGUCUCCUCCAACUAAUUUUUUAGUGAAGACUCCAACUGUGAUCAAUCACGAUGGGCAUGAAUUCAUUUUUGAAGGUUUCUCCAUGUUGUCUCACUUCCCCCUGGAAAAAUUUCCAGUCUGUGGUAUCAUACGCUUCAAUAUUCGAUAUGCAAUUCAUUAUGUUGAAGAGAAGUUUCCUGAAAACUUCUGUGCUGAAGAGUUGAAUCUUUUCAGCAAGAUUCUGUUUCGUGAUAUCUUGGAGCUGUAUGAUUUGGACUUGAAAGCAGCUGGAGAUGAACAUGGAUGCAGCCAAUUCCAUUUUCUUCCCCGGUUUGUGCGGGAGCUGCCUGACCAUGGAAAGGAGAUUCUUUCCAUGUGCUAUGUGAUGCGGUACCUCCUUGAAGCAGAUCAAGACUUGAUUCCACCUGAGGAAAUAAAAAAUCUUGUUGAUCUUCCAGACAGUGAAUGGCAGAACUUUGCUGAUAAAGUGAAAGGCAUGAUAGUCACAUAUCCAGGCAAGAAGCCAAGUUCAGUGCGUGUUGACCAAUUAGACAGGGAACAGGAGAACCCAGAUGCCUUGCAGUAUCCACAACUAAUUCAUUUUGGGAUGAGACCCCUGCAGCUUAGUUAUGCUGGCAACCCCGAUUACCAGAGAGCAUGGAAGGAGUACCUGAAGUUCCGCUACCUGUUGGCUAACAGGCCAAAACCCAGUGAAACUGACAAGCACAAGCUUCAUGACCUUGAAAUGAAAGCUCAAAAGUUACGAUCCCAUUCCAAAUUGAAACGAGAGGUGACUAUUGCAUUGUCUGCUGAAGGCUUCAGGCGAACAGGCAUCUUCUGUGAUGUGAUUCAGCAUGCAAUGCUACUUCCUAUCCUCAUCUGUCAUUUGCGCUUCCAUCGCUCAUUGGACUCCCUUGAGCAACUGGUUAGUUAUCACUUCAAGAAUCGUUACCUACUUCAGCUGGCUCUCACUCAUCCAUCAUACAAAGGCAACUAUGGGACAAAUCGAGAUCAUGCUCGCAACUCUUUGACCAACUGUGGAAUCAGGCAGCUGGCAUAUGGUGAUCGUAUGAUUCACUUCCGGCGCAAACGGGGUAUCAACACCUUGAUCCACAUCAUGUCCCUGUUUGGACAAGAUAGAGAGACAGAUUCCAAUGUGACUCACUAUGAACGUCUGGAGUUCUUGGGGGAUGCAGUUGUGGAGUUCUUGUCAACCAUACAUCUCUUCUUCAUGUUCCCUGGCUUGGAGGAAGGUGGACUGGCCACAUACCGCAGUGCUCUAGUUCAGAAUAAACACCUGGCUGUUCUUGCCAAGAAGCUGAACUUGGAAAAGUACUUGUUGUAUGGACAUGGCUCUGAACUCUGUCAUGACUCAGAGCUCCGUCAUGCCCUGGCUAAUUCCUAUGAAGCUGUCAUGGCUGCCUUAUUCCUAGAUGGUGGCCUUCAAGUGGCAGAUCGAAUCUUCUCAGAAACUCUUUUUCAAGGAGAAAUGGACUUGUUGGAAGUAUGGAAUAACCUCCCACUUCAUCCUCUCCAGGAACAAGAGCCUUCAGGAGACAGGCAUUGGAUUGAGUCUAUCCCUUUUCUGAAGGAGCUGUUGAAAUUUGAGGAGUAUACUGGAUUAGAAUUCAAGCAUAUUCGACUCCUUGCAAGGGCUUUCACUGAUCACAGUAUUGGAUUCAAUAACCUCACCAUUGGUUCAAAUGAACGCUUGGAGUUCCUGGGAGACACAGUACUCCAAUUGAUUGUCUCGGAUUUUCUCUACAAGCAUUUCCCUGAUCAUCAUGAGGGCCAUCUCUCGCUUCUACGGAGUUCACUUGUGAACAAUAAAACACAGGCAGUGGUAUGUGAUGACAUUGGGUUGACGCGCUUUGCUAGAGCCAAGUUGUCAUUGAACAACUGGAAGACAAAAAGUAAAGCAGAUCUGUUGGAGGCUUUGCUUGGAGCUAUCUUCGUUGACCGGGGGAUGACACACUGUUACACCUUCUGCAAAGUCUGCUUCUUUCCACGUCUUCAAGAAUUCAUUGUCAAUCAGGACUGGAUUGAUCCUAAGUCCAAACUCCAACAAUGCUGCCUCACACUGAGGGGACUGAACUGUGAAGAACCCGACAUGCCUCUUUAUAAAGUGAUCGAGAGUAAAGGUCCUACCAAUAGGCGCACCUAUCGAGUGGCAGUGUAUUUCCGAGGCAAGAGAAUGGCUGAAGCAGUGAACAAUUCCAUCCAACAAGCAGAAAUGGAUGCAGCCAAGUUGGCUUUGAAAAAAUGGAGAGACUUAUUUCCUCAGCUGGAACACCAAGAGAGGGUUUUGAGGAAGCUGAAGCAGAAGAAGGGGAAAUAAGCUUCAGAGGAUGGCUAUGAACAUGAGUAUAACAGGUGCUCUGAGUUAUCUCCAGCAUCUUGCAACAGUUGUGCUGCCUACAUUAUGAGCAGAUAUUUCUUGUAAUAUUUAGC